UUAGCCGGGUGCUAGCUAGUGUUGCGUCGAGAUCGAGUACUGGAAAAUCCCUCACCGCCCGUGUCCCAUGGUUUUCCACGUCUGCUGGACAUCAUUCACUCAUGCACUGUCCAGUAUCAGUGUGAGAAAUGCAGGACAGGUAUAGCGAGAUAGGCUUUGUCCAGCAAAUACUCGGUUUGAAUUUAGUGCCGAGAAAAAAUGGCACACAGCGAGGCAACGACACAUAUCUCAGCGACUUCUCAGAGAUGUGGUAUGGAGUGUUUCUGUGGGCUGCGGUCUCCUCUCUGGUCUUCCACCUGCCUGCAGCUCUGCUCUCCCUCGCCACGCUGCGUCAGCACAAGAUGGCCCGAUUCAUGCCCAUUGCCAUCCUCCUCAUGGGCAUCAUGGGACCAGUUUGUGGGGGGGUCCUCACCAGUGCAGCCAUAGCAGGUGUGUACAAAGCAGCAGGGAAGAGGAUGAUGUCUUUGGAGGCACUUGUCUUCGGGGUCGGACAGUCGUUUUGUGUCCUCAUCAUCUCCUUCCUCAGGGUCCUCGCCACCCUUUAGCAGAGCUGAGGCCCGUCUGGCUGCACCUGAUGCUGCUGGGUCAGUCUGACACCAGUCACACUGUCUCAUGACGGGACCUGACUUCUAAUGGUACAAGACUAGAUGCUGGCAGAUCCUGGGCCGCAUCUAAACCAGCCAGACCUGGGACAUGAUGUCAUUUACUACUGAUGGACCAAGACCAGGACCAGGACCAGGACCAGAGCGGAUUUUAUUCCACUUUGAGAGAAAAAGCAGUGUGUGAACUGAAGGUGUGUGUUAGGCAGCACUAAGACUUCUGGCUAGCUGUUGAGCCAUCUAUAUGAUGUCCACUGUAGGACAGCUGCAUACUGCACUCACAUCACAGGGCAAACACACACUACAUAACAGUUGAAGCUGUUUAUUUAAAAAUCUAAAAUAAUCAGUAAGUAAUGACUCAUUGAGUUUGCAGUUACUCCUGUAUGUGAAGCAGCAAGAGGCUGUUCUCCCCUGCUGCUGGGGUACAGGUUACCAUCAGGAUGACACUUACCUCUCUCAGGGGCUGUGUGUGUGCGUGUGUGUGUGUGUUAGUGUGUGUGUGUCCUUCUGUGUGUGUCUGUGUGUGUGUGUCUGUGUCUGUCUGUCUGUCUUCCACUGACAGUUUGACUCCAUGCAGUGACUGCAGAGAGGCAGAAGAACCGGCAGGCUGACAGGAAGAUAACAGUUAUAUGCAAGAUUCUGGCUUUUUUCCUUGAGGCCUUAAUUUCUAUUUUCCAACCUCCAAAGUGGUGUUUAUCUUUAUCUCUCUCUUUGCUCUUUUUGUUUUUCAAAUCACUUCAAGUCUUAGUGCCUGUGUGUUACUGUCAAUUCCAAAUUAGCAACUACAUGUUUCCUUCUAGCUUUCAGCUAACCUAUUUUAGACAGACAUAUAAGUGAAGAGGGUUUUAUAGAUCUCAGUCGUAGGGCACAUUUUUGUAAAUGCAGACUAAAGAAUGUCUCCUCAGCUCAUCUUGGUUUGUUAGUAAGUUCAGAGUGAAUCGAUCAGAGGUUUGAACAUGUGGCAGAAGGAUGCUCUGAUUUCUAACAAACCCAAAAUUGAGAGGAGCUUUAGAUCUUCUCUCUUUGACUGAUAGUGUAUUUUACAGGUGUGUUAUUUUGUGACACUGAGCUGAUUUGUAUAUAUUUUAAAUUAUUUCCAGGUCUUUGUAGCUUUUUGAAUCUUUAUGACCAAAUAUGAAUUGCUCUUUUGUUUUUCUGCACUAAAUGUGAAAACGGCGGUUCAACACAGUGUCAUCCCCUGUAGUUUUUUGGGCUCAUUAUAUUUCCACGGUCUCCCUUUGGUGACAGCUUUUAGUUGCUUUUGUAUCAGAUAUGAAUUUACAACCUGCAUAUACAGACAUAGGUAAACUCUACAUGUAUUUGUUUCUGUGUGAGUCAUUACUUAGUAAUGAUUGAAAACUGGCUUCUGACACACUCACCAGAGAUGUAUUAUUUAUUGUUGGUCACUUUGAUAGUGAAUUUACUACGAUUUUGAUUUAAUAUUUAAUUUUAGUGUUUUUAAACAGAUAUGCAGUAAUCCAGUAAACACAGUAACUGCCAUGUAAAGCACCUGGAGCUUUUCAGGGUCUGGGGCCCUUGGGCAGUUGCCAGCUUCACCCAGUCAGAACAGAAACAAGACACAUGGCAGCAAUCCAGGUAGAAUCUGUGGAGCAGUUGAACUAAUUUUUGCUCUGUCAGAUCCUUUUUCCUUUCAAGGUUUCUUGUGAUUCUGGUGCAGAUUCUGAGUGUUUGCACAUGACAUUCCCAUUGGAAAUGUUCUGCUUCAUUUUGCCAUAAUGAUCCCAUACUGUAAUAGAGGUCAUAGAGCAUAUCUCAACAUCACCUCCUGAAGUGUCAUCUGGCAUCUGGCAUUGAAAGGUUACCUGGAGACUAGUGGGCCAGUUUUUAUGUUAUGUUUGACAAGGGUUGGUAGCCCGUUUAACUCAUGCAAAAACAGCAAAUCAAAUCAUGAUCUGCUCAAAGAAAUUCUCUCCAAACCACAGAUGGCUUGAAUUCUUGAUGUGUGGCCUGUACUUCACUGGUUACACUUCCGUCCAACAGUAAAUUAAAUUUGAAAGGAUAGUUUCACAGUGCAUGUAAAUAUGCAACAAAUCAAAAUCAAUCUAGAAUGUAGAAUUUUUGGCUGGAGUUUAAAACCAGGAAAGGCCAUGAUUAAAAGAUGACAACACUCUCACAUUGUAAAGACACAAGUUCACUACCACUGGGACCAACAAUGGGACAGGAGAUGCCUCUGGACAGAGCCCACCAAGAUACUUUUCUUCUUGUAAAAGAUUUUGGAGCCUGGAGAUGAGAAAAUGUCCUGCCACACCAAACCACUAAUUUCUAAUUUUGCAAUUACAGUGAAAUUGAGUUUCUUUAAAGCUGUGGGAAGCUCAGUGUGUUCAUCUCACUGUACAUCUGUUGGGAAGUGCUCAGUCAUUUGAGGGGCGGUAAAUGAAAGUAUGUGUUUUUGUUCUUACUAAGACUUGGUGAUUGAAGCAUCUGAAGGUGAUGCACAAACUAAUGAGCCUUGUUUGAAAUGAAGUCUUGUUAAGCCCUUGGCCUUUCUGUCAUGCUGUACAGUUUUUUAUGGUUGUGUAAUGCAGCUCUCUGAGCGUGUGUUCUCUGGGUCUUUUACAGCAGCACACAACUUUAGUCUGGAUAUUUUUCUUUUAUGUGUGAAACCAAUUGGCAUCUUCAUCAGUCUGGGAGCCUGUGUGCUAAUUGUAAGCACUGUAACAUCUACCUUCUCAUCCUCUCAUCUGACUGUACAGACAUUUCCCAUGUUGUCUUCUUGUGUUGAGAGAAAAAAGUUCAUAGGUCAAAGCAAAUGGUUUUAUGUGAACUGUUUAGGCAGCACUAAAUGUCCAUGCAUCCAAGCUGACCUGUCUCAGGGCAAACUAAGUUCAGACUCACCCUUUACAUCAGACUCCCUGAGGGGUUGAAGUUCAUUCUUGGAGCUACUUAAAGCAGAAGGAUAUACCAUACAUAAAAAUGUGGAGUCAAAAAAUGUUAAGCCAGAAAACUAAAAGAAGCUUAAGUAACACUAAUAAAAACAACUGCACAUAGUUGGUGCAUAAGACUUAUCAGCCUAUUCCCACUAAGAAAAGAAAGGAAAAUGAAUGAACACCAAAACUCGUGUGAAGUCAGAUUUUGGAGAUAUGUCUCAAACAUAGACCAAGUCAGAAUUGAGAUAUUUACUCUGUCAGUCAAGAACAACCACACUCAGUUAAACUAAUGCAGUCUAGUAUAGUGUCUUUGCAGUACAAGGACAAGACUGUAGUAUUAGACUGCAUUAGUUUUAUAUUGGUGUGCCUAAUAAACUGGCUACCAAGGCAUGUCAAAAUUUACACAUUGGAUUGUUCAUAAUUAUAGUAGUGUUAAUUUCAAGUUUGUCAUAACUUGUAUAAUGAAUCUCUAUUUUGAUUCUUUUCACCUCAUAAUGUUGAUUUACCAUGAGAUUUUUAGUUUUGUCUUUCCUUAAAUGUGAUUUAUUUAGUUUCUAUUUUCCAGGCAGAAAUGUGCUUUGAUACUGGCCAGUUGUUCAGUACAGUUUGUUUUGAAAAGAACUUCAAGAAAAGAGAGUCAAGAAACUCACAACAGGAAUUGAUGUGCACAGAAAACUGGAAAAUGUCAUCUGAUUUCGCUGUAGGCAUGUCAGAUGUAUUAAUGUGAGUUAUCUCUGAUGGACAACCACACUGUCAGAAGUGCCAGGAAAAGUAACAACUUAAUGAAUAAAAUUACAAAUGUCUUGGAAGUGCUGAGUAUCUGCUGUAAUUUAUUUAUUUCCAAGGUCCACAUUCCUGGACCAAUUUUCAAAAGGUUUUAAAGUUGAUUUUACUAGAGUAAAUUAAGUGCCA